UGUGCCGGGGAAACUCGGGCUUGCCAAGGAUCCGAUGGUUACAGCGAGCUCUGGCAAAUUAACAGCGAGGCUCCAGGCACCGAAAUGACUAAUGAGGCUGUGGCUAAUGAGCGGCAAUCUCUGAGCAGGCAUCUGAAGGGGAAAGAGCCGGGAUGUGUCAGAUACGCUCAGCAACAGGCCCGAGGUGCUGCCGGGUGUGGGUGACAGCUCUUAUCGGGGUGGCAGCUCGGUGACACACGACACACACGGACGCUGCCUCCGGGCUGCCCCGGAGCCUUGGGGAUGCUCCGGGAGCGGUGCGGGCCCUCCCCAUGCCCCGGAGGAGCAUCUCCCGCUGCACCCCCAGCACGGGCUGGGAAUCCACGGACCCUCCCCAUCCCUCCAGGAGCAUCUCCCGCUGCACCCCCAGCACGGGCUGGGAAUCCACGGACCCUCCCCAUCCCUCCAGGAGCAUCUCCCGCUGCACCCCCAGCACGGGCUGGGAAUCCACGGGCCCUCCCCAUCCCUCCAGGAGCAUCUCCCGCUGCACCCCCAGCACGGGCUGGGAAUCCACGGACCCUCCCCAUCCCUCCAGGAGCAUCUCCCGCUGAAUCCCCAGCACGGGCUGGGAAUCCACGGGCCCUCCCCAUCCCUCCAGGAGCAUCUCCCGCUGAAUCCCCAGCACGGGCUGGGAAUCCACGCCGGGAUGUCGCUGUCCCCUGCUCCCCUGGCCUCCCCGCGGUCCGGGGUGGUUUGAGGGCAGACACGAGCCACCAGGCCCGCUCGGUGUCCAGCCGGCCCUACUACAGCCUGCCCAACAGCAGCCAUGAGAGACGCUCGGUGCUGGCCGUGGCCGAGCCGCCGCGCUUCCACUCGCAGGCCAAGGGCAAGAACGUGCGGCUGGACGCGCACUCGCGCCGGGCCACGCGCAGGAACAGCUUCUGCAACGGCGUCACCUUCACCAACAGGCCCAUCCACCUGUACGAGAAGGUGCGCCUCAAGCUGGUGGCCGUGCACCACGGCUGGAGCGGCGCCCUGCGCUUCGGCUUCACCAUCCACGACCCGUCGCAGAUGAGCUCCGAGGAGAUACCAAAGUACGCCUGCCCCGACCUCGUCACCCGGCCCGGGUACUGGGCCAAGGCUCUGCCGGAGAGGUUCGCUGUCAGGGACAAUAUCUUGGCCUUCUGGGUGGACAGGCACGGCAGAGUCUUCUACAGCAUUAACGAUGAGGAGCCCAUCUUGUUUCACUGUGGUAUUAAAGUCUCUGGGCCUCUCUGGGCCCUCAUAGACGUCUACGGAAUCACCCACGAAGUGCAAAUUCUAGACAGCAUGUUUGCAGAGACCAUGACCACUGCCCGGCUCAGCACCGCCCGGCUCAGCACCUGCCUUCCCCAGAGCAACCACGACUCGGCCAACUUCAACAACAACGAGCUGGAGAACAACCAAGUGGUGGCCAAAAUUGCAAACCUAAACCUAAGCCGGGUGCCAGGACUUGGGACUGACAAUCACAUCAUCCCCUGCUGCCCCGGCCGGCGGCAGCACGCCCAGGGCGUCCCAGCCUUCCUGGACACCGACCUGCGCUUCCACCCCACCCGCGGCCCCGACGUCACCUUUUCCCAGGACAGGAUGGUGGCCUGCACCAACUGGCAGGAGAGCAAUAGGACUUUGGUGUUUUCUGACCGGCCUUUGCACAUCGGGGAGAGCCUCUUUGUGGAAGUGGGACACCUGGGGCUGCCCUACUACGGGGCGCUCUCGUUCGGCAUCACCUCCUGUGACCCGGGCACGUUGCGGACAAACGAGCUCCCGGCGGAUCCAGACUUCCUGCUGGACCGCAAGGAGUACUGGGUGGUGUACCGGGCCUUCCCCGUGCUCAACAGCGGCGACAUCCUCAGCUUCAUGGUCCUGCCCAACGGGGAGGUGCACCACGGCGUCAACGGCGCCAGCCGCGGCAUGCUCAUGUGCGUGGACACCUCGCAGUCGCUCUGGGUGUUUUUUACAAUCCACGGCGUGAUCAACCAGCUCAAAAUCCUGGGCACGGUGCAGUCCAGCCCAGUGACGGUGUCUCCCUCAGGAUCCCCGGGCGGCUCCCAGUACGACAGCGACUCGGACGUGGCCUUCAGCGUCAACAGGUCCUCGUCAGCCUCCGAGUCCUCGCUGGUGACUGCCCCCAGCUCCCCUCUGAGCCCCCCCAUCUCUCCUGUCUUCUCCCCUCCGGAGCCAUCGAGCAGCAAGAACGGGGAGUGCACCGUGUGCUUCGACAGCGAGGUGGACACGGUGAUCUACACCUGCGGACACAUGUGCCUCUGCAACACCUGCGGUCUUAAGCUGAAGAAGCAGCUCAACGCCUGCUGCCCCAUCUGCCGACGGGUCAUCAAAGACGUGAUUAAAAUCUACCGCCCGUAGCGCCGCUAGCACCCCACGCCUUUCCGUCCCUGCUUCUGGGUGAUCGUGCUGGUCAGUCGUUAUCAAGUGGCUCGUUAUCUGUGUUUCCUUAUGUGACUGCUAGGGCACAAUUCAGGGAGCAAAGCCGGGGGUGAUGAGGGGCCUGUGGGCACUCGCUGGGACCAGAGCCAGCUGCGAAUGAGAAAUUUUCCUCUUUUUUUCCCCUCCUCCUGCUGCGGGGGAGGCUCGGGAUGGGGAGGUUGUCACUUGGGCAGUGCCAGGUGCCACUGGGUGCCACUGACCCUAAAAGCCAACAGCUCUGGGCUGCUGCCAGGGGCUUGUGCUGUGGUGGGGCAAAACUGGGAUGAGGCCAGCGGGAGAGUUCCCAGAGGACAGAACUGAUCUGGAAACGUCCUGUAAGGAGAACUAGCUCAGGCCAGAGAGUGGCACAGCCAGGUUGUCACUUACUGGGGUUCCGUCCCCAUGAACAGGCUCGUGGGGACAUGGAGGAGCUGGUCUGCGCUUAGAUAAAGCAGAUUUUUCUUUCUGUGGCAGAACAGGGACUUGUAGCCGUGGAGGCUGCGAGCCAGGGAGCUGCCCUGGGGUAGCAGUGAGGAGCAUGAGCCCACCCAGAGCCCGGGCAGCCCCUGCAGUGCUGGAGCUGCAAGGGCACCUCAGGCACUGCCCUGCUCCUUCCGAAGCCAUAAACUGCAGCCUGUGGGCCACAGGGGUGCUGGGAUGGGCACACUGCAGUCCUGGCUUGGGGUUCUGCAGUGAUGGGGUUUGUCAGCUCCAGACACACCCCUGCACUUUGCUCUGCCCUCCUGGCAGGUGGCACAGCUGCUGGGCCACCCUGUCCUGGCUGUCACCUGUGCUAGACCUUCCCCUGCAGCCGGUGCCAUGGCAGGGCUCAGCCUUCCUCCUGCCCCACCACGGGGAUUUUUUGGAGGCUCUGGUGAGAAAUUAAUUUCUGACCCAGCCCCAUCAGGCUCACCUUUAUUUCUGCGGUCUGUAUAUGCUGAUUUUACCUGUUCUUUCUCCAGCCUUUGCAGGUUUGCCAGCACAGCUCCCAGCUGCCUGCACGCUGGGUCUCAGCUGUAGGUGAGACCUUGCUGAGAAAAACAGGGACUAUCUCAUUUGGCUUUACUUAGCAGGGAAGAAAAAGGCUCUGAGGCUGAAUUAGAUGGUGGGAAUUAAAAGGUAAAUGGGGUUUGGGUGUAAUGUCAGCUAUGGACAUCACCUGAUUGUGCAGCACCGGGGCUGAGUAGGAGCUCAGCAUCCUCCUCCCUGCUGCUCCAGCAGGAGCUGCCCUCCAUCCUCUGCCCAUUGCACAGCCCUGUCCUGUCCUUUAGUCCGAGCCUGGUCAGUUUGCAGCUGGUCCAGGCUCAUAAAAAGGGGAAAAAAUGAAAUGGGAGGAUGAGAGGAGCUGUGUCACUGCAGCUCGGUGACCGUGCACUACCAAGUGCGUAAGAACAGCUUUUCAGAAAGGUGCAAUUACCACAUUUUAGUCUGGAAAAAGGGAAAAAUAGAAUAAUGACUCCUGUACAUCUCAGGGCUUCUGGGCACGGAGGGAGCUGAGGGAUGUCUGGCUAUUCCCUCUCUCCUCCAAGGCUGUGUGGUGGCUUGGCUGUGCCAGGAGAGCUGGGUUUGGGUACUGGCCUGUGCCAGCCCCGUGCCAGCCCUGUGCCACGCUGCCAUCGGGGAGGGCACACCCAGGGAGCAGCUCAUCCUCCUCCUGCAGCGGGCUGUGCUCACAGGACACCCAGAAACCUUUUGUUUUCUUUCCUGGGAGAGCUGAUGAACGUUUUUCUUUCCUGUAUCACUGAGAGGCUGCAGUGGAGCGAGCCCUCUCCGCCACGGCCCUGCACGAGGGCCCAGCAGCUUUGCAGAGCCCUUUUGGGACACCUGGCUGUGCCACGGCUGUGCCACCACCCCCAGCAGAGCCACUGCACCUCUCACUCCCACCUUUCCCCGAGGAGGAGCCAGGGCAUGUUCACUGCACCUGGAGCUUUUCUGGACCUCCACCCACAGGCUUUGCAUUCCCAGGGAUCUCCCAGCCCCACCAUGGCAGCUCCAGGUCCUGCUGUGGGCACAGCAUCAAGGGCACAGCGGUGCCAGGGUGUGUCAGCCCCUGCCUGGGCACUGCCAGCCGUGGGAAGCCUUUCCAUGGGGAGCAAAUCAAGGAAUCCCCAGCCUGGCUCAGGUCUGGGCCAUCCCCGGGGAUCUGUCCCAGCUUCAGGGGUGCCCUUUGGUCACUGCCCACGGUGGCACCAGCAGGGCAGAGCCCCUUCCUCGGUGCCACCUCAGCAGGGUGGCUGCAGCCUGGGUGGAUUUAUUGUUUUUUGGUGUAGCUCUGUUUUGUAUUUUUAAGCCAGCAAGGAGAAACACCAAAUCCAGCCCAGGAGCUGUUCAGGACACAUUGCAGAGGCUGAAUUUUUGCUGUAGCAGCCAAAACCAGUUUGUAAGAAGGGGCAGCACCCAGUGAGGCCAGCAAGGGAACCGAGUGGGAUGGGAAAGCAGUGGACCUGUGGCCCUGCCUAUCCAAGAGCAACAGGAAUUUUCCAAAAUAGGCCUCAAAAAAAAAAUUAAAAAUAUAUAUAUAUAAAGAUUUCCAGGAAAAGGUAGCCUCUUACAGAUUUCAUUGUUAGUAUUCGUAUUGCUAUUUUUUUUAAACAGUCCAAUGAUAUAUGAUUUGUACAGAAGAUCUGUUUGUGCCUUAUAAGGGUGUCUGUGCACUUUUUAUCCUUUUUAAAGCAACUUUUAAAAAGACAAAAAAAAAAAGAUGGGGGAAAAAAACCAACACAGAUCAAUGGUAGUUUUAUAGAAUUUUGUGUUCACUGAGAAUCCUGCUUUACAUAUAUCUAUAGAUAUCUAUAGGUAUCUAUAGAUAUAUGAGUGAAAAAGUGUUUAUUUCCAUGGAUUUUCCCCUCCUCUCCUCCUUAACCUUUGUUUGAAAAUUGAAGAAUGAAAGGAAAAAAGGAAGAAAGGAAAGAGAUGGGGGAACUCUUUUACCUCUCCCCCUUUCUGAGGCAGUUCCUCUCUUGUUGUUACCUUUAUGAUUCAAUACUGUGACCUGUAUUAUCUUGUUGAAGCUGAAUCAGAUUUUGGACCUCUGUAUUGGGCUUUUCAAGCAAAUUUUUGGGGGGCCUGGGGAGGGAGGGCAUCGCACGAGGGAGGGAGCUGCACCUCUACAUGUCAGUGCUCUAUAGUGUUCAGUGCUGUGUGUUUUCCUUUUGUCCAUUUACCUGUUUUCCAUGAAUAUAAUUUGACUUGUUUAUGAAACAAAUAAACCUUUGGCUUGUA